AUGGAGGAGAGCCCGGCGAGCCUGAGAGCCGUGAUGCAGCAGAUCGAGCAGCUGAUCCAGAGCCUUUUGGGUGAGCGCGAGCGGCAAAGCGGCCCGGGGCCGAUCCAGACCGAGGAACUCGGGCGCCGGGGGUCCGUGCACUCCGUGCAGCUGAGUUUGCCGAAUUCCCCGCGGAGACCCUCCAUCACCCACACCCCUCCCGCUUUCGCCCCUCCCGCCGGCCCUCCUUCCAUCACUCCGGGCUCGGUGCCCGAAGAUGAAGCCUGCCCGAGCCCGAGCCUUCCUCCGAUGGACAUCUUGGGGUCCCACGUGCAGCCGCCAAAGAAGAACCCGAAGACCCUGAAUCCCCAGCUGUCACAGGUGUCCUUCGCAUCCCAGGCAUCGCACCAAAGCCGCCAGGUGACGCCCAGUGAUGACGGCACCGUCUCAGAGCGGCUGGAAGGCUUCGAUGGCUUCAAGCUCCAGCCCGCAUGGGUUAAGCGACAGCAGGAGCAGAGUACCAUGAGGAUCAAGCCCGUGUCAUCCACCGUUCGCGGACCGACGCCCACCCGCCCACAUGUCAUGACGCUGGUGCCUGCAAGAGCUCUGAAACCACUCCUCGCCGGGAGUCGGAUCUCUAUCUUGCUGGACUGGAAGCCGCUUUGGGGCCUCAUCGCAGGGGCGCUGAUCCUCUUCGACUGCCUCUUCAUCCCCCUCCUCGCCUUCGAAGUGCGGGAGCCCUGGGCCUUCGACUUGAUUCGCAUCCUCUUCUGGUCGCUGAGUUUGCCCAUCAUCUACAGCUUCAGCUCGCAAAGCGGCUGCCUCGGGUCCCGAGCUCUGGGUGCCUUCGUCUCGGACGGCCUUCUGGAGGUGCUGCUUCUGGUGCUGAUCCUCUGCUCUCUGGUGCAAGGCAACGACCUUUCUUUGGAGGCUCAGUUCCUACUCCGGGGCCCCGAGCUACUACGCCUGCGCUACGUGAAGAAACUGACAGGUGUCCGUGGUCUUCCGAGGUGGCUUGUCCGGCAAAACCGAGGCGAGCUGCAGAGGCUGGAGGUUCGCGCGGCCGCGAACCUCUUUUACACCCUCCUGGCCUGCCUCAUUGGUUUCCACCUCCUGACCUGUGCCUGGUUUGCGGCUGGCCAGGCCGAGGAUGGAUGGGGGACUACCGGCCUGCACGCGGACCUGGCCGAGCGAUCCGUGCCAGAGCAGUACCGUAUCACCCUGGAGUGGGCCAUCUCCCGCAUUCCGCCCUCGAAGACCACGGACAAUGUCCUGCUGGCCACCCAGCUGGAGCGGGCCAUCGCACUAGCGGCCACCGCCAUGUCGCUCCUGGCAGCCUCCAUUUUCACGUCCAUCGUGACCAACGACAUGUCGGACAUCCGCCGCGUGCAGCGACAGCAGGGCGAGGCAUACUGUCAGCUUUCCGAUUUCCUCGAGACGUUUCCUGUGUCCUGGACGCUGGAGCGGCAGCUGAAGAACUACCUGAAGCAGACGGUGAAGAGAGUGACCUUGCCAAGCAAACGAGAGAUGGCCACGCUGCUUCCUGACAUGCUGCAUGGGCAGCUGUGCUCCGAAGCUCUAGGUGCGAUCCUGAGUCGUCAUCAGAUGUUCAAGGGCCUCAUGGAGAAGUACCCGAGCUUCCAGCGCGACCUCUGUGUGAAAGGUCUGGAAGACUGGACUUUGGCACCGGAUGAGGUCCUCUUUUCGGCAGGGCUGUCCUGCCAGAACAUGCUCUUCGUGGCCUUCAACUUCGUGCUCUACAAGCGACAGGGCGUCGUGCUGCAAGAGGAGCGAAGUAGGCCUUCCAAGGUGAAGACCUGGACCCUCCGUCACGGCCAGUCCUGGAACUCCCAAGCGUCCGCCCAAGCGUCGCCGAUGCCCGUCCUGUCCUCCAAGAGGGAGACGGAGGACCUCACCUUGCGAAUCAAGCCAGGCCACUGGUUGUGUGAGCCCUGCCUCUGGACGGACUGGCGCUACCUUGGCCAGGCCGUCGCCGGGUCCUCCGCGAGCCUCCUCUGUUUGAACCAAUCGCAGCUUCUGCACAUCACCGCCGGGCACGCGGAUAUCUCAGCGGAGCUGGUGAUCCACGCCCGACUCUUCCUGAAUGCGCUGAACGACAUCCCAGCGGAGGAGCUGAGUGACGUGCAACGUGUCUUGUGA